UCAAUGCAAUGGUGGACAAGGAUGAUUUUGAUCGAAAGGAACUUGAAUAUUUAUCAUUGAGAUUAAAUCCUUUGGAAUGUUUUCGACUUAUAAACAUAAUGAGCGCUUCGAUGAAAUAUAUUCCUGAGAUACGGACGACAAGGAUUCUACGAGAAUAUUUCAACAACGAUGGAAUCACAAAACGGGAUUGUCUGAUCAGACUUGAAAAUUGGAACAAUAAUUAUCUAGGAGAGGAAAAUUCUAAUCGCGCCAUGAUGGAUGUGACCUUGAGAAUGUUAGGAAGGCCUGAUCUAGCGAAAUAUGUAACAAGAAGUAGAAAUGUCAAAUCUUUCGAUGCUAUCGUCAACGAUGACAUUUCCAAGGGACAAUCGCACCCAAUUUCGAAACGAAAUUUACAUAAAAAUGCAGAAGAAGGAAACGCGGGUAAGGAGAAGGAGAAAAAUGACAAAAUAAAAGAGAAUUGCACGAAUCAUGAAAAUCAGCACACCGUGUCUUCAACUGAAGGAAAAAAGACAUCUCAAGAGAAACCGUCAACUGAAGUAAGUCAACCAGAAGAAAAACAACCAACCGACACGACCGAAACUACAUCAUCGAUGCCAUGGUUGAAUCUCUUCCUUCUUCUUAUCUUUUUUUUCAUCAUUUCAUGCAUCAUAUUAUUUUGCGUAACUCGUAAAUGGAAACGUACAAAACUGAUGGGCGCAAAACCGAUCCAUUUAGAAGAAAAAGGAAAAAUAAGUGGUUGCACAUGCAAUUGCUCGGAUUUGGAUAUGGAAAGUGGAUCGUUAGAUCAAGGUUCUCCAAAAUAUCACAGAAAUCGUAGGGCUGAUCAAGAAAAAUCUCGAAUACUUUUAAAGAAACGAAAGAAAGAAAAACCGAGGGAUGUAUACGUUAGAAAAUAUCCUGACACGUGUGUUAAGAAAAGUUCGAAAGUUAAGGAGAAAAGAAAAAAGCAUAAAAGUAAAAGAAAGUCCUUAAAAACGAAAGAUCUGGACGAUGGAAAAUUGGAUAGAAAGAGAAUUCGUUUAAAUGCCCAUGAUUUUAAGAAUUAUCCAGUUUGCGAUUGUUGCAAAUGUUGCGCCGAUUAUAAAUGA